GGAGAACCCUAGCCAUCGGCCUAGAAGGCUUCUCCAAUAUCAUUGAAGGUCAAUGGUACCCCAAAAACACGUUAAAUUUAAAAUUGGUAUUGUCCAACUUCCAAGCCCCACACCCCUCUCUAUAUAUACGGGGGGGUCUUUGGUGUGGUUGCUAUGCUCAGUGUGCUAGCUGUAUAGGAGUAUAGGAGAGGAGAGAUUUAAGUAGUAAGUAGGUGCAGGUAAGAUGAAAGGAAAGACAUGGGGUGUGAUGGUGGUGGCAGUGGUGGGUAUGUGGGAGGUGAAGAUGUGUGGAGCAGUGAGUGGGGCAGAUUGUAAGGAGGAGAGGAGAGUAGCGAUUAAUGCAUGCAAACCAAUUUUGUAUGGCAAAGAUCCCACUCCAGCUUGUUGUGAGCGGAUAAGGGUCACUCAUAUUGAGUGUGUGUGCCCUGUGAUUACUCCUAAGUUGGCUGCCCUUGUGGAUGUCAACCGAAUGGUGAGGCUCAUUGAAGGUUGUGGAAGGAAUGUUCCUCGUCACUACAAGUGUGGCAGUAUAACUACUCCGUAAAAGAUGAACUAGUUCGGCUCGCUGCAAAUGGUGAGAGAGAAUAAAUAAAUAAUGGGUGGUUAAUUUGUGUCCAAUAUGGAGGCUAUUGCAGUUCCGUGCUAGGUGUCUUGGCUGUCAAAAUAAAUGGCUGUGUUAUGGGAAACUAUUAGGACUCUGUACUAGGUCAUCAAGUCCGAAAUGCCAUAAUCAAAAUUCUACUUGUAAGGUGUAUGCAAGUGUAUGAGGUUUGUACUAGAUGUUAUAAUACGAUGGUGUCUCUGUCAGUCACUUGUUAUUGUGUAACAUUUGAUAUUUAUAUACAUAUAUAUUAUAA